CCGCCUCAUUCUGCAGAGAGCCCUCCCUCCCCUCCUCCCCUCUCUUUCCACCAAAAUCCCCGUUCCGUUCGGCGCCUUCUCUCUUUCUCCCCCCUGUGAUAGUACGGACUUGCUCUCCAGUGGGCCCGGCCGCACCCGCACAACUCCCUUCCUCUGUAGCUUUUUAAACCAGUUUCCUUUUUCCUCCGCAUAUUUUCCUCCUUCCCCUGCCGCUAUCGGCGAUCCCGUCCGGCCGCUGCAGUCGGGGCCCUCGGGAUGUCGAUCUGCGCGAGGAUGGACGCGCCGCGCGGCGGCGCGCUCGGGAAGCGGAAGGAGCGGGAGUACUCGUCUUCGUCGGAGCAGCGGCAGCCGCUGUUCCCGCCGCCGCCGCCGCCGCCGCCCGGGAGACAGGAGCUGCUGCGCAACAAGCCGCACCAACUGUCGCGGUUCGCCAACAAGCCGCCUACCAUGCCGACGCCACCUCCCCAGGGCGGGAGCAGCAAGCUGCUCGCCGGGUACCUGGCGCACGAGUUCCUCAAGUUCGGCACGCUCCUCGGGGAGCGGCCCCCCGCGCCGGGCCGGAAGGAGACCGCCACGCCCGCGCCCGCACCAACACCUGACCCCGCGAGGAGGUACGCCGAGGCGUCGAUGCUGCUCAUGGCGGGCGGCACCCGCAUCCCCGGGGUUUUCAACCCGACGCAGCUCGGCUGCUGGCUCCGGAUUAAGGAGUGAUGGAGGACGCGCGCGGCGGCGGUUCGCGUCCGGGUGCGUACCGCGUGCACGGCUCCCGAGGCGCGCGACCCUGCGGCGACGAACCCAUGCUUUUGGACAUAGCAAGUGGUGGUGGUUGUGGUUACUUUGCCCAGAUCCUUUUCCUUUUUUCUAUGUUCAGGUACUACUCAGUUGUUUCGUUUUAAGAAUUUCAUGUAGAGUUGAUGCGAAACUAGCGGCACUAGAAUUUCAUGGGGUAGUAUACUUUUUAACAUGUACCGAGUAUGCUUGAUAAUUGAAGUGCAUGGAAAUC